AUGGCGCCCAUGCGACAACAUUAUAUCACUGCCCUGCGGUAUCAUGGGAAGGAAGAUAUAAGGCUCGAACAAAUCCCAUCACGUUCAUGCAAGCCCAACGAGGUUCGAAUCGAGGUCGCUUACUGUGGAAUCUGUGGCUCUGACAUCCAUGAGUAUCUCGAUGGACCGAUAUUUUCCCCACAACCUGGCACAAAAAAUCCCUGGACUGGAGAAUCUCUCCCAGUGACUCUCGGUCAUGAAAUUUCUGGAGUCAUUGUUGAACUAGGAUCGGCCGUGACCGAUCUUAAAGUCGGAUCGAAGGUUGCUGUGAACCCGGCCCUUGAUGACCGACACUAUGGGGUCGAACCCUGUACUACCUGUAGCCUUGGAAAAAGCAACAUCUGCAAGCGUUUUGCCUGUUACGGACUGAAUGCAGAUGGGGGUGGUUUCGCAUCUGAAAUCGUUGUCAACGCUGUCAGUUGUCUCCCUUUGCCCGAUUCGGUUUCACUCGAAGUGGGCGCGCUUCUCGAGCCGCUAGCUGUCGCAUGGCACUCUAUUCGUCUUUCUGGAUUUGAGAAGAACCAGACAGCGCUGGUUCUUGGAGCGGGUCCGAUUGGUCUGGCUAUUGUGAUGCUCCUCCGCUUCUGGGGAGCUAAGACGAUUAUAGUGAGUGAGAUGACCUCCUCUCGAAAAAAAAUGGCAAAGAAGUUUGGAGCGCACAUUGUCGUAGACCCUUCCGAGCGGAACCAUGCCAGCGCAGAUCCGGUCCAAUCGGCAGUGCAAGAUGUGCAUCCCGAUGGCGUGGAUGUUGCAUUCGAGGCAAUUGGUAUACAGGCUACUUUGAAUGCUGCAAUUGCAUCCAUCCGUCCCGGAGGGACGGUUCUCAACGUCGCAAUUCACGAGAAGCCUCUACACCUAAAUCUCAAUGACCUCACCUUCUUCGAGAAAAAACUAAUUGGUGGGAUUUGCUACACCACGGAAGAUUUUGCUGAAGUGAUCCGGGCCCUUGAGUCCGGAAAUGUUCCAGCCCAGGAGAUGGUCACGUCAAUUGUGCCACUGGAAAAGGUGGUGCAGAUGGGAUUUCUCGAGUUGAUCAACAACAAGGCGGCUCAUGUGAAGGUUUUGAUUCAGCCACCUAAGAGUUCGACUUCAAUUCUUCCAUCUGCGCGGCUUUGA